AUGACCCUCAAGUGCUGGAACGCCACGCCGCCCCGAAAAGUGCCGGCGAUCGACACGAGCACCAGCGUCGAGUCCUUGUUGGCCGCCGCCGCCGCCGCCUCAGGAAACCAGACCAGCAGCAGCCACAUGGGUCGCGGACGCGCCACGCCUAAAUCUGCGCGAUGCCGCUCGCAGUCGAGCAACUGGGACAAGGAUGCAGUGGAUAACUCGGGUGAAAGCGAGGACGACCGCUUUGACGUGACGGCCGCCACUAUUCCGGCACCGUCGCAUCAGAUCCACGCCAUGCCUGCGUUGUGGGUAAGCGGCCGGAGGCGGCACAGCCGCAGCCGUCCCAGACGACGCACCGUCAGCGAGAACUACAACAACCACGGCCUCCAAAGCGGCGCCGGGUAUAGCAACAAUAGCACGCCCACAGGCUCCUCUAUCAGCUCGACGCUGCCGUCUACGCUCUCCGGUGGAGACGAGCAGUUGCGCGAAGCCGCGGCAGCCGCUGCGGCCGGAGGCAGUCUCAACCAGCGACUACGGAUCACAUCGCCUGAUGGCCCGCGUUUUCCCGGCUGGGUACGAGGCCAAGCCGCCGAAGUGCAGUGGGAAGCGCUCGACCCGAGCGUGCAGUGUGUGCGCAUUGACGUGUGCAACGUGGCGUGGACUGUGCCGACCACCAUCGCGCACCGCGUGGCGAAUGACGGCACGUACCGCUGGCGCCGCGUGUAUUGGGGCAUGCCGAUUGCCGAGGGCUACUAUGUGAAUAUUUACGACGUGACGGAGCAGAAGGACCCGACGGACAUGUUGCUACUGGCGCAGAGUGAGCGCUUCGCCGUCAUCAAGUGA